UCCUCCGGAAACGUGCACGUGCAGACGGCCGGCAUACGUCAUGGCGGUCAGGCGCCUCUUCAGUGCUACGUGGAGCUCGGCCGGCUGGCGGGUUCGGGAGUUCCCGAACCCCGCCGCUUCUGUAAGACUCCAUGUACGAGAUUAUGCCAAGAGACCGGUCAUUAAGGGGGGCAAAGGCGCUGUGGUCGGUGAGGCCCUGAAGGACCCAGAGGUGUGUACAGACCCCGUCCGGCUCACCACGCACGCCAUGGGUGUCAAUAUCUACAAGGAGGGCCAGGAUGUGGUCCUGAAGCCGGAUUCCGAGUACCCAGAGUGGCUGUUCCAGAUGAACGUGGGCCCCCCCAAGAAUCUGGAGGAGCUGGACCCCGAGACCCGGGAGUACUGGCGGCUGCUGCGGAAACACAACAUCUGGCGCCACAACCGGCUGAGCAAGAACCAGAAAUUCUAGCGGGGGAAGGACCAGAGCACCCUGACCCUCCAGUGACCUGGAGGAGAUGCGGUGGGUCAGGGGGUACCUCCCCCAGCCCACCCCCUGGACUUUUUAUUUUCUGGAAAAACAGACUUCUCCGAGAACAGAGGAGACUACCCCCCUCACUGGGGUUACUGGGUGGCCCCUGCAUUGAGGCUGAAUCAGGGCCCUGGGGGCCAAUAAAGACUUCUUGGGGCAAUUGUUGGCAGGCCCCAGAUG